GUCAAACGCUGCGGGGUUGAACCAAGUCAAAACUUGGAACUAGGUCCUGGUGAUCCGAUCAGCGGAAGUAAAAGAUCUUCCAACAAAAUUCGGUUUUCUAUAAGUGGGACGUCAAAGUUUUCUGGAGCCAGAAGAGUUGUUGGGAAGACAGGAAAGGAAGUCUUCUUACGAAGGACCUUAUCACGUGGUUCGCAAAAUGGUAUUGGGGUGUUUUCACUGACAGAGGCAGGAGAACAACAAAUUGGUUGGGUCCCUGAAAAGGACCAAGUAACUAUGGAUGCUGUUGGAAAGGCAUGUGAUUUGCCAAACUUUCAUGCCAAAAUCGACAGUACAAAUACCAAAAAUAUUGGAGACAAUUUUACCGAG